UAUAAUACCAGUUCCUUGUUCGUGUCACUACAUCCCUCUAGCUAGUUUCCAUGCCUAUUUUGGGAGAUCCCAAAAGAGUUCCUCGAUCAGAACACGAUACUUUCCCAUAGCUUAAAGGGUUUUUGAGCACCUUGUAAACACACAGUAGUUGAAUUCUUUUCAGAUUUCCUUCUAGUUCUGCAACGAGAAACAGUGAUGAGUACACUAAUUAUCUUUUCUGUGCUCCAUCUUCUCAUUUCUUUGGUUUGCGGUGCACCACUUGCACCAGCACUGUACGUAUUCGGCGAUUCGCUGUUCGAUAGCGGCAAUAACAAUCUCUUGCCCACCGUUUCCAAGGCUAAUUUCAAGCCUUAUGGUGUUGAUUUUGCCAGAGGAGAUACAGGAAGAUUCACUAACGGUAGAUUGGUCCCAGAUUUUAUAGCUGAAUUUCUCGGGCUGCCAUAUCCUCCGCCGUGUAUAAGCAUCCGAACAUCUACACCAGUAACUGGUUUGAAUUAUGCGUCGGCAUCUUGUGGCAUUCUUCCUGAAACUGGACAGUCUUUGGGGAAGUGCUUGAGUUUGGAUGACCAGAUCGAUUUAUUUCAGCGUACAGUUAAGUCAAGCUUACCAAACCACUUCGAAGGUCCAAACGAGCUGAUGAAGUACUUGUCCAAGUCUAUAUUUGUAGUUUGCAUUGGCAGUAAUGACUACAUGAGUAACUACUUAUCUGACACAAGCAAGCAUAAUACUCCUCAAGAAUUUGCUCAUCUCCUUUUGGAUAAACUUUCACUGCAUUUUCAGAGGCUAUAUAAUCUAGGAGCCAGGAAAGUUGUGAUGUAUGAGAUUGGUCCCCUUGGUUGCAUCCCAUCAAUGACGAGGAAAAUUACACAUAAUGGAAAAUGUGCUGAAGAGUUAAACGAGCUUGUAUCAUACUUCAACGAUAAUCUUCUUGGAAUGCUUCAGAACUUGACAUCCACUCUCCCCAACUCUAUUUUUGCUCGAGGUCUUGCUUAUUCGCUAGGCUACGAUGCAAUUAUGAAUCCUUCUAAAUAUGGCUUACUUGACACAAGCAACCCAUGUUGCAAAACCUGGGCCAAUGGGACCUCUGCUUGCAUUCCGAAGCUAAAACCGUGCCCUAAUCCUGACCAACACUACUUUUUUGAUGCUUAUCACCUCACUGAAUCUGUAUAUUCAGUCUUGGCAAGCCAUUGUAUCAAUGAUAGAUCGGUUUGCUCUCCUACUUUAAAGGAACUCGUGCAAAUGUAAGGCCUAGCUAUAAAUGAUGGAUCCAGAUCGAUCAGCAAUUGCUACUUUUUUAUAUAUAUAUAAAAAAACCACACUGGUUUGUUGCUAUAA